AUUCGAAUAAUCUUUAUAUCCUUUGUUACAAAGACAAUAUACAUAGAACAAUUAUAUAAAAUAAUCUAUUUUUACAAAUGUGAUACAUAAUAAUGAAGCUUUUUAAGCUUAUUGUUCAUACCAGAGGGUUUAAUCCUGCUGAUAUCCUUGUUAAUCCUAAAGAUUACCCUGGAAUUAAAGAAGGAGAUGUUGUUGAAAUUUAUCAUCCUGAAGAUGAAUUUUCUCGAUUGCUACUUCAAAUUACCUGCUUCAAAGAGGAUUUGCAAGGACGUGGGAAUGAAACCAUCAGUGUUGAGCAAAGUAUUGCGCAGUUAUUUAUGUUGCGCACAUAUGGUGAUAUUUACAUGAGGGUAGUUCAACCCUCAGAAGUAGUUUUAGAUUCUGUAGAAAUAACAUUUAAAGAUCAGUACAUGGGACGAUCCGAGAUGUGGAGGUUAAAAAAUUUUUUGACGAAUACAUGUGUGUAUAUGAAUAAAAAAAUUGAAUAUUGCAAUAGUUCAAUUCGGUGUCAAGUAUAUGAGAUGUGGGGUCAAGGCGAGAGAGUUGCCUGUGGUGUUAUUGGAGAAGAGACUAAAGUUGUUUUUCGAUCUUCGACUUCUAUGGUUUACCUUUUUAUUCAAAUGUCAUCAGAAAUGUGGGAUUUUGAUAUUCACGGAGAUUUAUAUUUUGAGAAGGCAAUUAAUGGAUUUCUUGCUGAUUUGUUUAUGAAAUGGAAAAAAUUAGGCAGCAAUCAUGAGGUUACAAUAGUGUUAUUUUCAAGAUCAUUUUAUGCCGCUGAAAGCCUUGAAGAAUUUCCUCAGCAUAUGAGAGAAUGUCUUCAAAUUGAUUAUAGAGGAAGAUUUUAUGAAGAUUUUUACAGAGUGGCAGUUCAAAAUGAACGUUAUGAUGACUGGAGCGGAAUUUUAGUGCAGUUGAGAAAGUUAUUUACAAGUUACCAGCAAAUAAUAUUGAAUUACCAUGAAAAACCAGGUGUACGUAUUCCACAAGCUAUAAAUUCAACAGCAGCUCAAGGAAACUUUUUGGAAGUGCUCAAUAUGUCUCUUAACGUUUUUGAAAAGCAUUAUUUGGAUCGCAGUUUUGAUCGUACUGGACAAUUGUCUGUUGUAAUAACUCCAGGAGUUGGUGUUUUUGAAGUUGACAGAGAACUCACAAAUGUUACAAAGCAAAGAAUUAUUGACAAUGGCGUAGGUAGUGACUUAGUUUGCGUUGGCGAACAACCAUUACAUGCCGUACCACUUUUAAAAUUUCAUAAUAAAGAUGGAGCAGUAAGUUCUAUAAGUGAUGACUAUUCAAUGCCUCAUUGGAUUAAUCUUUCAUUUUAUUCAACAAACAAAAAAGUAGCUUAUUCGACGUUUAUUCCCAGAAUUAAGUUACCUCCGAAAAAAUCAUCUAAUGACUUUUUUAGUGAUUGGAUUGUUCCUCUCAACGGUUGUAAAUCUAAGCUUCUUCCGGAUACUAAAUACAUGCAUAACUCGUUGUUUGAUUAUGAUGCUUAUGAUUCGAUAGUUUUUCAACUGCCAGCUACUCACGGCACAUGUUUGCAACGAGAACCGCGAAUCAAGAAAACUUCUUUAGCUGGUUUAGAAAACAAACAAAUAUCUCUCAGGCAAAUGCAAAGAAAAAUGUCAGAUCCUGAUAUACACCAUGGAUUACAUAAUAAUUUUAAUUAUUCAAGCGUGGCUCAACGCCGAACAAAUAACUCUCCCUAUCGACCUCCAGAACCUUUACUAGGGCCGUUAAUUCGGGCUGGGCGAGCGCUUAUAAAUCCUUUUGAUCCUUCCCAUGUUACUAUCAAGUUGACUUCAAAUAGAAGAAGAUGGACUCAUAUUUUUCCUAAAGGGCCCACAGGUGUUCUUAUUCAGCAACAUCAUGAUACCAAUGACAAAAGUCUUGCCGAAAUGGAGCAACAACAUAUAUACAUGAUGGAAAUUGAUAAACAUAGAUCAGAUACAACUAAUGUUUUUAGUGAUUUUAGAAGAAAACUAGUGCCUUCUCAUACUAUAGCAGGAGCUAAUAUGUCAGAUGUACCCAGUAGAAGUUUAACAUUACUUUGGGGUGCAACUGGUGAACAAGAAUGGACACCUGAUCUCACAACAGGUAAUUGUUAUGUAAUAAGUAUUAUAAUUUUGUAUAUUUGUUGCACUUUAUUGAUUUCCAACAUACUAUUAAAUUAUUUAUUAUAUGUAUUUUUAUCACCAGGUGUUGAUUGGAAGUCAUUGACAAUACCUGCUUGUCUGCCUAUAACAACUGAUUAUUUCCCUGAUGAAGUUUCUUUGCAAAACGAUUAUGUUCUUUCUGAUUAUAAUCUUUUACCUGACGACGUAAAUGCAGAUUUUGCACAAAAUAGAGCAGUAUAUAAAAAACCACUAACCACCAAUGAAGUGUUCAAAGAAUUAGUUUCUCAACGGCUGGCACAGGGGUUUCAACUUAUUGUGCUGCCAAAUUAUAAACAAACUAAAUCGACUUUGCCAAUGUUGACUAUGACUCCAUCAACGGUUGCACCUUUUGCCAAUCCAGCAAGUAAUACAGUAACUAAUCAAUACUUACUUUCAAUAGGAAGAGUUUUUCACAAAAUCACUCUCAAUGUUGAUGCUAUUACAGUCACUAGAUAUAGACCAAGACAUCCAUAUCCACCAUUUAAUGUUCACUACAGAUACAGGUUUCAUGCUCCACAUCAUGAUACUUAUGAAGUAUCAUGGGUCUCCUUUACAACAGAGAAAAUUGAAAAUUUCAAUUGGAAUUAUGUUGAUCAUUAUAUAUGCACAAGAGGAGAUACAGAUUUUGCUCUAGCUGAGGCCUUAAAAUAUUGGAGAUUUCGAAUGUACAUACUUCCGCUUAGUAAUGUGGCCACACGUAAGAUAAUGGAUGGAACCGUUCGGUGUGAUAUAUAUCAGGAACCUACAUUAGAAGAACAAAACAAUAUUAUAGAUGGAUUUUUAAAGUUUGUUGAAACAUUUCUCAACAAAAUUCGACGCCCAAGUCAUGUAAAAUUGGGCGGUUCGGGUAAAUCAGCAUUUCGUGAGAGGUUGGGAAGCAACAGAAUGGAUAAACCGAGACCAAGGUCUGGUUCCAAAGUUAUGGAGAGGAGGAUAGCUUCAUCAGAUUCUAAUUUAUCUACAGAUUUAAUUACUGCGGCAGAUAUUGGCGAUGAGACGAAGAUUGAAAUAACCAAACUACGUACAGGUGCAACAAAUUUGGAAAUUUUGGAUGCUAUGAAGAAUUCGCCCGAUGGAAUUGGCUUUUUAAAUCAUACCCAGAGUUUACCUAGUUACACAUUUGUGUCGACUGAUGCCUGCACAUGGUUGCUGGACCAUUUAGAGGGAGUAACAAGUAUUGAAGCGGCCUGUGUUAUCAUGAAGCAAAUGUUAAAAGAUCGACUUAUUUGUCAUGCUUCAGGGGACUUUGACAAACCAUUUAUUAUUGGAUUUUAUUUAUACUAUAUUGUUCCCCAAGAAAAGGACCAAAAAGGUAUACAUUUAAUACAUACAACUAUACAUAAACAUGAAGCCUAUAUGUCUGUACAUUAUUUAUCAGAUUAUAUUCAACCACUUUUUGAUCUUGAGAGCUUCGAAAAUGAGUGGAUGGAAGUUGGAAUUAAAUUUCCUAAUAAGUCUGAGUCUCAAGAACAUGAAUCAUCAAAGGAAUCACAAGUUGUGCACUUCUUAAGAGAUGUUAUUGUUUCUCCAGUUCUAGAAGACCAAGAAUAUGACGGUUCUAUUUAUAAGCAAACCCAUUUAGAAAUAGAUGUUAAUAACAAAAGUGAUAGAAUUGAGUGGGGUCAUGCUCUUUAUCAUUCAGUCAUGAGACCUAUGUAUGCUUAUGAGUUAGUAGUGCAAUGGUUGACCGCAUCGGGUACAAUUGUAGCUGAUUUGGUUAUGGGUUGGUCAAGGAAAGCCCAAUCAUGUAGCUUACAAAUGGUGCCUAUACCAGCUGAUCCAAUGGCUCAGCCUUUCACUGCAAAAUCGGACCCUUUAAGAGGCCCUAUUUUUAUACCUUUACAUACUCAUGUCUUAUGUUCUCAGGGUCACAUGUUCAAAGAAUUUCCUGAAGAAACAUGGGGAGAUAGAUUAUUAUUGUUGCAACAUGAAAUUCUGUCUCGAUUUGGAUUUCUUCGUUGUACUGUUGAGUCUGCUCCUGGUACGAAUAUGUUAUCUAGUGACCAUCAUUACAUUCACUGUACUGGCAACAUGUUCAUUCUAAUACCAUCCCAAUUAUCAUUGAGGCCACGGCCACGAUCUAUGUCAAUUAACCAAAGAAGGGCAUCUAGUCGUUAUCCUGUUCUUCCUUCUAAAAAUGAUGUAGGUCAGAGUCCUCAUGAAGCUUAUAUAACCCGACAUGUUAGUGGGAAACACAAAGGUGAUCAUGAUGGAGUGAAAAGGGUUGGAUUUUUAUGGUCUUGGAAUCAUAUGAUCUCAAAGAAAUGGAAGUCGCCAUCAACUAAUGCCACAGGCGAUGAAACUUUCCAAAUAAAAUUAUUGAGAGAUUUUAAAAACUUCUGCUCAAAUACUGAUCAAAGACUGGUUGAUUUUUGGGAAGAUUGUUGGAAGACUAAGGAAAUGGUUUCGACAGCAGCCCAAUGUAUUAACAGCACGAAGACUAUAGAUGAGUUGACUCCAGACGCUGAACUUCUGGAACAGAGUUUAUAAUUUCUUCGACACUGUUCACUGCAAGCUGGAUUAAAUUUAGCUGAUGGUCCCAUACAUCCUGCAUAACUCAUUACGUGGGCAAUGUAAUUUUGUUCAAAUACGCCACGGAUUAGAUGAGAACAUGGACCUGGAAAAGAGUGAAGUGGACAGACGUGGGCCACAGGUUGGAGUGGGCUACCAGAAUAACACUAAGACUAGACAUGUAUAUGGAACUGCGCACAUAUUUAUCAUAUUUUGAUACUUGCUCAAUUUUAAAAAGCAUUUGGAGGUUAUAAACCUACACUCUAUAGCAGGGGUGGGCAAAUACUUUAAAGCGCGGGCCAAAAUGAAAU